UGACGCUGCAGCUGGCGCAGCUCAGACUCCGAGCAGCAGUCGCCGAGCAGCAAAGCAACCGGCUUUCCCCGCCCGUUCCCGCGCCCCGGUCGGGGCUAGGCCCCCCCCGCCGCCGGGUCCCCGGGGGCUGCGGCAGCAGCGGCGGCGGCAGCGGCGCCGCCCGUGGUUCCCGCUGGGGCCCGGGCGCCGGCCCCUCUCUGCAGGAUGGGCACGGUGCUGUCUCUUUCCCCCGCCUCCUCGGCCAAGGGCCGGAGGCCCGGCGGGCUGCCCGAGGAGAAGAAGAAGGCACCGCCCGCGGGGGACGAGGCGCUGGGGGGCUACGGAGCGCCGCCAGUAGGCAAGGGCGGCAAAGGCGAGAGCCGGCUCAAACGGCCAUCCGUGCUCAUUUCGGCGCUCACCUGGAAGCGCCUGGUGGCCGCGUCUGCCAAGAAGAAGAAAGGCAGCAAGAAGGUGACGCCCAAGCCAGCGUCCACUGGCCCGGACCCCUUGGUCCAGCAACGCAACCGCGAGAACCUACUCCGCAAGGGCCGGGAUCCCCCCGACGGCGGCGGCGCCACCAAGCCCCUGGCCGUGCCUGUGCCCACAGUGCCCGCGGCCGCCGCCACCUGCGAGCCGCCGUCGGGAGGCAGCGGGGCCGCCCCGCCGCCAGGCUCGGGCGGGGGAAAGCCGCCGCCGCCACCCCCAGCCCCUCAGGCGGCGCCACCGGUGCCGGGCGGCUCGCCACGGCGGGUCAUCGUGCAGGCGUCAACCGGCGAGCUGCUGCGCUGCCUGGGCGACUUCGUGUGCCGACGCUGCUACCGCCUCAAGGAGCUGAGCCCUGGCGAGCUGGUGGGCUGGUUCCGCGGAGUGGACCGCUCGCUGUUGCUGCAGGGCUGGCAAGACCAGGCCUUCAUUACGCCUGCCAACCUGGUGUUCGUGUACCUGCUGUGCCGCGAGUCGCUGCGCGGGGAUGAGCUGGCGUCGGCCGCCGAGCUGCAGGCUGCCUUCCUCACUUGCCUCUACCUCGCCUACUCCUACAUGGGCAACGAGAUCUCCUAUCCGCUCAAGCCCUUCCUCGUGGAGCCCGACAAGGAGCGCUUCUGGCAACGCUGCCUGCGCCUCAUCCAGCGGCUCAGCCCGCAGAUGCUGCGGCUCAACGCCGACCCCCACUUCUUCACGCAGGUCUUUCAAGACCUCAAGAAUGAGGGCGAGGCCGCCGCCGGCGCCGGGGGUCCACCCAGUGGGGGUGCGCCCGCGACCCCCGUCUCCUCCUCGGCCGCCAGGGACAGCUGCGCGACCGGAGCCAAGCACUGGACUAUGAACCUGGACCGCUAGGGAUACCCGACGGCCGCUCCUGCCCCCGCGCCAGCCCCUGACACACACUCGGAGCCCUGGAACCGUCCAGCUGCCGCCUCUGUGACCGCCGUUCCCGCCGCGGCCGGAGGAGGAGCCGCCCCUGCCCCGCCGGGGAAGGUGGAGGCCAGGAAGCCAGAGGCCGCGGCGUCUGGAUUUGCUGGGCGUAGGGUGGGGCUGAGGGAUGAACGCAGGAAGGGGACCCCCCUACCUCAACCUUUCUGUCUGCGUCCUCAUCUUUCCAACUCUGCCCAGGUCUCCCCUUUCCCUUCUGUGUGUGUGCGCGUCUACAAGCCCAUCUUCCUCGGUUUUGUCCGUUUUCUCACUUCCUUCCGGUAUCUUCAUCUUUCCUCUUAUCUGCCUUUCCAUUUUAGGUUCCUUGGGUGUGUAUUUCCGUCUCCAUCUCACCCCAUACCUAUUUCUCUUUGCCCCCAUUUCUCUUUCUGCACCUGUGUCCCCACCGCCCAUCUUGUUCUCUUUUUCCUCGCUCUUGGCAUGUGUCACCACCUUCCUUCCUGUCUGCCUCCCCCACCCUGCCUGUGUCAGCUUGCAUUCAUUCCCCCGAAUGAGCCCCGAUUCCUCCCUCUCCAAACCAAAAGGAACAUUAGUCCUUAAUUUGGAUGGACUGAGGUGUGGCGAGAAACUGCAUUCCCAGAGGUUCAGACAACCACCAGGGUGGUCCUUCACCCCACCCCCACCGCCUCUCUCUACCUUUCCAACGUGUUGCAUGCCGGGAGUUGGGGGGAGAGGGAUGCCGACGACAAGAGGCUGACCUUUGGGAGCAAACUCAAUCAACCCAGGAGGCCACCCCGGCGGCAGCGGUGCCUCAGCGGAAGGAUGGGAAGAGACAGAAACUCUUCUUACUUAGGGGGAGGGGCACCCUCUUCCUUACCCUUAGGUGGUUUUUGUUUCCCCCUCUUUUAAUUUAUUCGGUUGUUUCUGGAGGGUGGAGGGAGGGAGGGUUGGGCAGGGAGCUGUCUGAGGUGCUGAUCUGAGGCCGGACUGGAAUCCUCUCAGGAGGGUACCAGGGACUGACUGGGUUGGGCCUGGUGCGGAUCCAAGGUGCCAAUGAUGCGGGCCGACGGCGCGGGCCGCACUGUCUAUCUGUCCGUCUGUCCGGAAGAUAAUUAUAAAGCGCUUGAAGCGCCUGCAGAUGGUUUUGCGCCGGCCUUUCUUUGGGCCCCGGGAGGGAGGGAGCAGGAGCAGGAGCAGGAGCAGGAGUGGAGCUGCCACAAGCAGGACAGGAGGCCCCCAGGGGCCUAGUGAGGAAGGUCUGGUCCCUGAGAACUGCUACUCUUUGGUCCCAUGUACUGCUACCCCCACCCCCACCUCCACUUUGUCUGACCUAGCUCCUCAUUAAUGGCCGACCCAUUUCUGGAUUAAAUGAUGAGGACAGCAGAAGUUGUCCCCCUUUUACAGAGUGGUCCAUUGAGGCAGAAAUAGCUAAUCAUUGUGGCUACUUUUCUCUGCCUUCAUCUCUCCCCGCCAUAUAUCCCGUCAGGAGUCCAGGCAGACCUGAUUUAAGUCUGUGUUCACCACGCAGGUGGGGCCUGACUCCACACGCAGCCUCACGCGCUUCCCUUCACCCACUGGACUGCUUCGAGGCUGCUUCGGCCACACGCCUACCCAGAGCAGACUUGGGAGGACCAUCCCUGCUUGAGAUUCAGACCUGGCUCUUUAUCUCCAGGGAGGCUAGGACACAGGCAACCUGGGAGACGGGAGCCAUUGAUUGGGGUUGAAAGAGAAAUAACUUAUUUAGCCUGAGAUCCCUGUUUGGUCUCCCUUGCCUUCUUAGCCACAUGGCUAAGCGCUCCAUUCACUGUUUCAUUGGUCCAAGGAAGCCUGUCUCUAGUAAAAGCGCUGGCG